CCUGAGUCGACAACUCCACGAGCGCGCAACUGCUCCUCAACCACGAGCCAGGCGAAGCGACGGCGACCAUUGUGACGACGCCACCAUCGUGCUAUCUCCUGGAUGUACGUUUCGGUGAUAGCUCAAUUCUCGCUCGGCGGCAAGGAAUGUGAUGACCCACGCUCGCACGCACACCGGGUCCGGAUGUCGUUCUCCUCCAUUCCCGCCCGCAACCUACGACUGUCUUUCCUCGGGAGAAGGUAACGGCAAUUCAGUGACUAACAAUGAGCGGCGUGUGGGCAGCGUGACCCACCAUUAGCGGAGGCUGGCAAGCACUUACCUGCCAUAUCGGCGAGACUGCGCAGUACCCGCGAGCUCUCGAUCCUCGACGUUGGGAUCGAGCAGGCUACCAGAGCCGUCAGCCCGCGUCAUCAUGACCGUUGGGGUGGGCUUAUCGCGAGUCAUGCUGUGCAAAAACCCACAGCACAAAGCGGAUGGUAUAAGUAGCUCGAUCGCCUCCGCAUCGAUCGUGCUGACUCCUUCCCCGACAACCAUCCGACUCGACCCUACCUCGAUCCCUCCUUCUACCAUCAUCUCCCCGCGCACCACAAGAUAUCGCUACGACCCUCGACACUACACGACAGUAUACCGCACUAUGCUCGCACUCAAGCGCGGCGCUUUAAGCCAAGUGCUCUGCGUCAUCGUGACGCUUACGCUGACAGUCAUCCUCAACAACCUCCCGGCCUCCUUCGUCAAGGCUGCCCCUCUCCCAGUGACCAACUCCAGUGACGCACUCGAGGCCCGUCUUCACCCCAAUCACGAUGCGUGCUACAAUGUCCAUGACCGCAACUGCGUCCUCUCUGAUGGAGGAGUCGAAGUCCAUCUGCCUGCCGAGCCAAUCGACGAGGCACCCCUCACGGUCGUACACAAUCACACGACCAAGACCAAUGACAUCGAUCACGCCAUCAUCGAAGAUGUAGGCAAGCCUGUCAAGGAGGGCGAUGCUGAGGAACGCGAUGUGGUGACUGUCGAAGAGACCAUGGAACCUGAGAGCGCACCUUACCAAGACGCCAGAGACCUGCUAGAUUACUCCACGGACGUAUCCAUCGAGCGCCGCAGUGGCGGCAAACCAGUUUCGGGGUGCACGACCUACAGGGGAACCACGACUUGUCUUCCCCCACCUACACCUGCAGGCCAUCAUGGCAUUCCCCCUUGCGGUGCCCAAACUAAACGCGUCUGCCCGAAGAAGCCGCAGGGAGACGAGGACGGCGGACCGCCAGGCCAGGAAACUGUGCUUGCCCACAGCGAAGAGCCUGAAGGGGAGGCGGCUGGCCAGGAGGAAGCAAGCAAAACCUUCGCCGAGGCUAUCACGACCGAGGACGAAUCUUACGAAGAAGUCAGGGACACAUCGAACGUCUCCGACGAGGAUCUUUUCCGCCCUCGUCCCUUGAGAGGAUGCAGGAUCUAUCGUGGAGUCAGGUACUGCCUUCCCCGACCCACGCCUGUAAGCCAUCAUGGCCCUGGCCCCUGUCGGGACCGAUUCAAGCUUGCCUGCCCAGCCAAGAAGAAGCCCGGCGCUGGUCAGGGAAGCGGAGGUGGGCCCCCUUCCCAGACUUUGGGAGUGGAUGGCGGAGAGCCUGAAGAGGGAGGGUACGAUCAGGAGGAGGGCGACAAUCAGGAGGAGGGCGACAAUCAGGAGGAGGUAAGUGACCCUAAUCCUCCUCCCCCUUUGGUGUAGGCUGAGCGAGAUCGUCCCCAACGUCGCGUCGUCUCCUUGUUGCGCGUGUAGCUCGUGGUCAAUGUCCCACAAAAGGUCUAUACCAAGAAGAAGAAGAGGAGCGAGGCGCCCCCUGGCCAAGCUGUCGCAGACCGCGCACAAGUGAUUGAGGAGCAGCGUCGUGGCCCCGAGAAUCG